UGAAUUGCAGAAAAAGACAGAUGUGGGAGGCGGGUAGGAGCAAUGUAAACACAACUUAUGAGAUGGCUUCAUCUGGACAUGCUAUAGGAUUCCUGGUUGCUGUUAUCGCCAUUGCUGCAUUCUACAUCAUUCCUGACUCUGACCCCAGGAUUGUCCAAUUACAGUCUCAGGUCAACACCCUCACCUCUGAGGUCGUGGGUCUAUUUUCUCGUGAAAAUGUUGCAAAAGCGACCAGUCCAGAAAACGUUGAGGACUCUGGAAAACUGUUCACUGUGGAUUCACUGAAGGCAUUUGAUGGAAGCAAGAAUAGCCCUGGACUUCACAUAGCCAUUAUGGGGAAGGUCUUCGAUGUCAGCAAGGGGGAGAAACACUAUGGCCCAGGAGGGGGAUACAGCUUUUUUGCUGGAAGGGACUGCUCCAAGGCUUAUGUGUCUGGAGAUUUCACUGAAGAAGGACUGAUACCAGAUGUAGUGGGGCUUACCCCUCAAUAUAUGGUUGGCAUUGAUGAUUGGGUCUCAUUCUUUGAAAAAGAAUACACUUAUGUUGGAAAACUGAUUGGUCACUUUUACGAUGAUCAGGGAGAGCCAACGCCCAACCUGAGGGCAGCGCACAAGGCCAUUGAGGAAGGAAGGAAAUUGAAAUCAGAUGAAGCUGAUCACAGGAAUAAGUAUCCUCCAUGCAACUCAGAAUGGAAGCAAUCAUCAGGUUUAAGACUCUGGUGCUCAAAUAGGAGCGGAGGCAUUUCACGAGAUUGGAUCGGUGUUCCUCGUAAGCUCUUCAACCCUGGUACCAACAAAUGGCGCUGUGCCUGCAUCAAAGAAUCUGAGCUACACAACCCUCAUCUCCGUCCCUAUGACAACUGCCCUCCUUCAUCUGCUUCCUGUGUUGGUGAUGCCUGAAAGAGAUGUUCCUCAUGAUCUGGCUAGGGAGAUGCAUUUGUAAACAAUUUUUACCCUAAAUUAUUUUGUUUUUCCAUCAUUAAAGUCAUAAGGUAAAUUGUUUCGCAGUCAAACAUGUGUCUGUACAUUAUAAAGGGCAUCUCUCCCUUGACACUUUGAAUUCUGUCAUUUACGAAAUGCCCAUCUGUUUCAUCAAGGAUUUUACAAAUGUACUCUUCUUAUCAACUAAUGAAAUGGCACCAUUUUGGUUGCUUAUCAUGCCAGCUUUUAAAAUGCUGUUCAUAACAAGUUUUGUGAAACCGAGUCCUUUAUCAAAUUGAACAAAUCUGUGCAUUAACAAAAUCAUGCAAAAGCUGAUUGCUAAGAGCUUUACAAAAUCAAAUUCUCCAAGUAUUAAAUUCAACUCAUUCAAAAUUGAUUUUAGCUGUACGUGGAUCACUUUCCAAUGCUCAAGCAAUAAAUCCAAGCAUUGUUCCUCAGAUUUAAGCAUGAACAGUUUUAAGUUCUGUAAAUUAAAUCUCCAUAGAUUUUGGAUUUGGAGUCAUGAUAAAUAACUUAUCAUGAGCAAACUUAGUUUUUUAAAUAAAAAAAAUUAUUGAAACUUUGGUGUUGGGUCCCAAAAUAUGAUUAUUGUAGGGUCAAGGUUAUUUUUAAAAGGGCAAUCUCAACUAGGGGCAAAGUGGCCUUGGAUACCCCAAAAUUUCAAGGGGCAUCAAGGCCAUUUUAAAGGGCAUCUAAUUCUGGUCAAAAGGUCACCAAGGCCAAGUUGUCUAAAAUGACAAGUAGCACAACAUAUCAUCACAAGACUCUUCGGUAUCAGAAUUGUGCAAUACACACACCCUAACUUACAAAUUGAACCUAGCUGAAACAAAAGUUUUUAACAGGAUGUGGUAUCGGGGCCAGGUCUUCCCUUAGAAUUAUGCUACCACUGAUUGACAGCUGACUUGGCAUAAAAGCUCCCUGGCUGGGGUUCUCAGUCUUGAUCGUCCUCAGAUCUUUGAUUGUACUUGUUGAAAGGCUGAGCCACCAAUCUCCUUGGCAACACUUAAUGAUUGAAAACUGUGGCAUAUUGGUUUAAGGGGUAAACUUGCCUGUUUUCUUAAUUUUUCUCUUUUCCUGGCCUUGUCUAUCACAUUAGACCACUUCUUUUUAAUUUGUUCCACUGUUCAAAGAACAGAUGGUUUUUUUCUUUGAUUGCUUAUAAAAUGCCACACUUUACUUCUUUCAUUGGUGGUUACAUAUUAUGGAAUUGAAGUUCAAGACUAAACAAGUUGUUUUGUUUCUUACAAGUCUUGAUGAAAUGCUCUCUAUAUAACAAUUAAGUGGGUCUUACUGUUCUUGCUCUCCUCUAUGUUUGAUGAGUUAUGUGCCAGGAUACUUUGCCAGUGAUUGUCUUUUUUUCCAUUUCAAUCAAAAUUGCCAUAGGCAUCUACCAUUCAAAAUAUAAUUAUUUUAUCAUCAAUUAGAUUAGUACAUAUCUAUUGACAUCCAGAAAGUUGUCUUUCUUCCUUCAACCAAUAUUGAUUUUUUAAUUUCCACUCUUGCAUGCAC